CGCGCGGCCCGCAACACCGCCACUAGUCCUUUUAUUUUAUUCUAUUUCCCCUGCUUCGUCUGAUAAUCUACGUCCUUCCUUAUGCCUGCAAGUUCUCUCCCGCCCCCGGCCAAGAAACGGAAAGUCAAGCAAGAUGUAGACUUGGCCAAGAAAUUGGAGGCUGAAAUUACCGCUGCUGCGAGGAGCGACGGCUCGCUCAACCCUCUCUUGGAUCUACUGAAGCUAGCACAGGGGACGUCCGACGCUGUGGACCUAUCCAGGAUCAUUUAUAGCCUUUACCGCGUGUUCGUGGUCAUAAUAUGCAGCGACAAACUUGCACCCGGCGGUGGCGACGCUGCGAAACAGGUUCGCAAGUGGAUAUGGGGACGGUUGGAUGUUUUCGUGGAUCUUCUUGUAGGCUUACUGCAGGAUGAAGAAUCCACGUUAAGGAAAUCCGCGCUGGACAUCCUUUUCUCUUUGCUCAGACACCUUUCCAGUUCUCUCUCAACGGCCAGCUCAGAUGGACGGCCUCAGUUUCACCACUCGCAUUUUAGGCACAUAGUCCGUGGACUGUUGAUAUGCCCCCCUUCUCCCCGGUCCUCGUUAACGGUAACAUGCGAGGGUGAGCUAAUGCCAGAUGUCCGAGACCACUUUGUCGCCACGUGGUUAAGUGUUUACGACGACGUCCGCUGGUGUUUCCUUCGAGAGGCAUCUUCCGCACUGUCGCGCUUUCAGGCUGCCGAGUAUCCCAACCUCGCUGCAAACCUGUUGUCCCUUGUAGAAAGGCUGACAACCUUUCCUACCGAGGCCUCGGAGUUGAAUGCAUGGUGGAUAUCAGAACUCGGACGGAAACCAUUCGCGCCUAAAAGUGACAAACCCGUAGCAGAUGAAGAAGAACUGGCCAUGUCGGAUUCCGGGAAUGAAGAUGACUGGCGCAAAUUCUUCGACGAGCAACCAAAGGCCAAAGAUAUGAAAAAGUCAACCGAUAUAAGAGGAAGGGUGCACCAGUUAUCUUUCCACCAAUCUCUUCACUCUCUAAAAGCUCACCGGGCGGUAUUCACGAGGAUGUGGCUUAGCUUGCUGCCUCGUCUCUCGCUUGACACUUCGGCCACUAGCCGGUCGCCCACUAUCAGGACACUGAAUAUCAUGCAUCAAGGCAUCUUGCCGCACUUAACAAGACCGGUUCUUGUCAUGGAUUGGAUUAGUGCAUGUGUUGAUAUAGGUGGUACUGUUGGCCUAUUGGCGCUGAAUGCCCUGUUCUCCUUGAUGAAGGACUACAAUUUGGAUUACCCACAGUUUUACACUAGACUGUAUGCUUUCCUUGACAAGGAUGUUCUCCAUCUGAAGCAUCGCGCGAGAUUUUUCCGUCUUACCGAGCUAUUCUUGAGUUCGACACAUCUUCCUGCGGCACUUCUUGCGUCGUUUGUAAAAAGACUUUCGCGAUUGUCACUCAGUGCACCCCCUGCGGCGAUCAUCAUGAUCAUACCAUUCACAUAUAAUAUCCUCAAGCGCCACCCAGCCCUUAUGAAGAUGAUACACAGGGCGGGUGAGGACGACGAACCGUUUAAUGAUACUUAUAUCGCCGAUGAAAUAAAUCCGAAUGUCACGAAUGCUAUUGAUUCGUCACUAUGGGAGCUUCUCAGCCACAGAAAUCACUACGAUGCUGCAGUUUCGACGCUGGCACGUAUAUUUGAGGAAGCAUUCACAAAACCAGGUUAUUCUAUGGAAGAUUUCCUCGACCACACGUACGGUACUCUUCUAGAAACCGAGUUCCAGCGGGAGAUAAAAAAAGAACCUGCUCUGGCAACAGAACUUGUCGAGGAUCCGUUCCCGUCGUGUACUGACUCUGCUUUCGAGGCUGACAAGGGCAUCGCAAACAAUAGGGACGUGAUCAGCGAGCUGUGGGUUUUCGGCUGAGAAAUCCAUUCCUUCCAGCUUUAACAUGGAUAGAUACAUGAAGCGCGUGUGAUUUGGUCUCAUCAUAUCAGAGUACAUCCGAAUGCGAGUUUCCCUUGGUCUUGAGCUUGCUGCCUGGGCAUUGAGUAAACAUUGUCAAAUACGCCACU